AUGGACUCAAAAAUUGUUAAAUCUACCACCUCCCGAAGUGGAGGUGUUUUGCUAUUAUGGAAACGUGGAAUCAACAUACAACAGAUCUAUGCUGCUCCGAAUUAUAUUGAUGUUUCAGUCCAUGAAAGCCCUGAGAAAAUUUGGAGACUUACAGGAAUUUAUGGUGAACCUAAGUGGGAAGACAAGUACAAGACUUGGGACAAGCUGCGUGAGCUGAGGACUCAAAAUAAUAUGCCGUGGGUUGUCAUUGGUGACUUUAAUGAAAUUCUCUUCUCAACUGAGAAAGAAGGGGGCAACUCCCGACCUGACCAUUUUAUGCAAGCGUUUCGCGAUGCGUUAUCUGAUUGCAAUCUCCAUGACUUGGGUUUUUUGGGCGAUCCAUUUACUUGGCAUCGUGGACGGAUUCGUGAACGCCUGGAUAGAGCUGUUGCUGACCAUGAUUGGUUGUUGAUGCACCCGGAGGCGACUCUUACUCACCUCGACUGUAUGAAAUCUGAUCAUCGUCCGAUCCUUUUGGAGACUGAGCGGCUUUCCGUUCCGUCGAGAGCUAGUGGUCCGAAGAGAUUUGAAGCCAAGUGGCUCAAAGAGGAAGGCUUUCGUGAAGUUGUUGCUAAUGCAUGGACACAAGCGGCGGUUGAUCUUCCUGCUGGAGGGGUCCUCGAGCGUCUGGCCCAUAUGCAUGCAUCAUUGCAUACGUGGGAUAGCGAUAUCCUCCGACAGCCGAAGCGUCGCUUGAAAUCUGCUCAAAGAAAACUUGAGCGAGCAAUGGCGGGGCCUUUAACAAUGGAAAAUGAGGUUGAUCCGGAGUUGCUUGACAAAAUUCAGCCUAAAGUUACACCUAUCAUGAAUGAUGGUCUCCUCGCCCCUUUCAAUGCUGAGGAGGUCAAAAAAGCUGCGUUUGCUAUUGGCGAUCUCAAGGCGCCGGGUCCUGAUGGUCUUCAUGCAAUUUUCUAUAAAAGAUUCUGGAGUAUUUGUGGAGAAUCUAUCACUUCUGAAAUUCUUCAGGCCCUGAAUACUGGUGUUAUCCCGGAGGGGUGGAAUGAUACUAUGAUCGUGCUGAUUCCAAAAGUGGAUAAUCCUGAAUCUGUUACCCAAUAUCGUCCUAUUAGCCUGUGCAAUGAUCAGCAAUUCUGGAACAUCUCCUUCGCUCUGAUGGCCCUAUGCCUGGAUUCAACUCAAUCGGUGUGA